GGCCAUGCUCAGCUCCGUGACCGCUUUCCCGAUUGGACUACUACCAAUGAGGGCAUACUGCCAAAUCAAUGACGGAUGCAGAAUCGUGCAAGUCAUCAUUGGAAGAAUUGAUACCAAAUCAGAUUCAACUCCAAUUUCUUGUUGCAUUUCACGUCUUCAAAUUCUGUACUCGUGUUCCCCCCCUUCUCAUAAUGGCUGCCAAACAACCAUCUUCAAGAUGGUGGUUCUGGACCAAAGUCCUGAUGGGUGGCGCUGCUGUCGCAGUCGGCGGACCGGCAUUUACAAUGUGGUUAACUCCUACCGAGGAAGAGCUUCGAUCGAGAUACAACCCCGAGUUGCGGAAGAAGAGUUUGGAGAAUCGCGAGGAGCGACAACAAGAAUUUGACGACUUUGUGACUCGACUGAAGGAAUACUCCAAGUCGGAUAAACCAAUCUGGAUUGUCGUGAAAGAGGAAGAGGAGCGAAAGCGCAAAGCCGCCGCCGCCGCUGCGAAAGCAACUCAGAAGGACGCAGACACUCGACGAGAAGAGAUGAGGAGGGAGGCAGGCCUUGACGCAAAAUAGAGCCGCCGAUGGUAACUAAAACCGAAUGCCCUUUAUGCUUGUAAGAUCAUGUGGUGUGGUGAAGGACGGCUCAUGUAUAACAGCUUAUCAUAGGAAAUACCUUAGUUGCAGGGCUGAGUAAAUUAUUUGGAGUUUUUGGAAUCAACAUUCAACUGCUUUCAUUCGAAAACCAAGAUGAAAUCAUCUUUCAUUGCCUAAACUGCCCCGGCAUGACCAUCGAUAUCUCCAUCGAGUGGCUAGGUAUCCGAAUCAUCAAUUUUCUGGAAACAGCUGAGGAAGGGCUAAAAGAAUGUGAUCACACCGAGUAGGUAGCAGUAACUUUACCCGACAGAGCCCUCGCUUAGGUGCAAUUGAAUGGUUCAUGCUUUCGUCUCAGAUAAUCUAUCAUAGGAAGUGACUGAAUAGAGCAUCGUAAGAGCUCGAUAUCAAAUGCUAUGGCUUCCUUGUG